CAACUUGUUUGUGCUGCUGAUUAAAAUGUUAUCCAAACAUUUCACAUAGAAAGGCGAGCUUCAAAACGAGGAGUGCCAUUUACAAGAGAGGCCAGCAGAAAAUGGGGAUGAGCUUGGUGAAGGGCAACUACCAGCUAUCCACUUGUAUCCUCCUCAAUUCGCAGCACCGAACCACUGUCUUCCCAACAAAAACCAUGCCAAUUAUGUGUUCCAGCUUUUCUAAGCCUCUGUUUUCUUUUUCUUCUUUUAAGGCCUUCUCUUCUCAGACAUCUGCUUCUACAUCCAACCCAGAUGAAAUGCCAGCACAUGUUGGCUUUUUAGGUCUUGGAAUUAUGGGCUCACCAAUGGCUCAAAAUCUCAUAAAAGCUGGAUGCAACGUAACUGUUUGGAAUAGGACGAAGAGCAAAUGCGAUCCUCUCAUCUCGUUAGGUGCAAAAUAUAAAUCAUCUCCUGAGGAAGUCGCUGCAAGUUGCGAUGUCACAUUUGCCAUGCUUGCUGAGCCUGAAAGUGCAUUGGAUGUUGCUUGUGGAGAGCAUGGAGCAGCAAGAGGAAUGAGUCCAGGAAAAGGGUAUAUAGAUGUUUCCACAGUUGAUGGUGCCACUUCUAAAUUGAUUGGUACAAAAAUCAAAGAUACUGGUGCGCUUUUUCUGGAGGCUCCAGUUUCGGGCUCCAAAAAACCAGCAGAAGAUGGACAGCUGAUAUUUCUGACCGCAGGUGAUAGAUCCUUGUUUGAAAUGGUGGCUCCACUCUUAGACAUCAUGGGAAAGUCAAGAUUUUUUCUUGGGGAUGUGGGGAAUGGAGCUGCAAUGAAACUUGUUGUCAACAUGAUCAUGGGAAGUAUGAUGGCAUCUUUUUCUGAAGGAAUGCUUCUCAGUGAAAAAGUAGGACUGGACCCUAGGGUUCUAGUAGAGGUAGUCUCACAGGGUGCCAUUAGUUCGCCAAUGUUUUCGAUGAAAGGUCCUUCAAUGGUCCAGUCCAUGUAUCCUACUGCAUUUCCUCUCAAGCAUCAGCAAAAGGACCUGAGGCUUGCUCUGGGAUUAGCUGAAUCUGUUUCCCAACCUACACCAAUCGCAGCUGCUGCAAAUGAACUAUACAAGGUUGCUAAAUCUCGUGGCCUUAGUGACCACGACUUUUCAGCAGUCAUCGAAGCACUAAGAAUAAAAUUGCAAACCCAAUCAAAGGAGUAGAACAUGUUUUCCUUUGUAGUGGUUUGUUAAAAAUGGUUGGUUUAGGUUUUAGCUUGCCUCUUUUUUCUUUUUUUCUUUAAAUAGCUUUGCCUAUUUGAGUUUGGCAUUUUCUUUUUGGAAAUUUUGGGUUGGGUUUUUUCCCUCAUCCAUGUUUUGUAACAAUUAUAUAUACAAGGCCACAAAUAGUUCCUUCUUGUAAUCAUACAGACAUAGCUAUAUAUUUUGGUUGAUAUUUGAUCUCAA